AUGAUGCUUCUCAAACGCCCCUUGCAAAACUCAACGCCGAAGACCAUAUCACGACUCAUUCCCUCACUAUCAACUAUCUCAAGACGCCAAUUCACAGAUGCAGCAUCUCACUCAUCCAACAAUAUACAAGUCUACACUUCAAAGUCUCGUGACCCUUUCCUGAACCUCUCUGUAGAGCAUUAUCUCCUUCAGAAAACCCCUCCUGAGUCAACAAUCCUCUUCCUCUACACCAACGACCCUUGCAUCGUCUUUGGCCGUAACCAGAACCCAUGGAUGGAAGUAAACCUCCCAAGACUUGACAAGUUCCGAAAUGACCCUACAAGUGUAGGUUGGACUGGUGGUCCGGUGCAACUCGUGCGUCGUCGUUCUGGAGGCGGUGCUGUCUUUCACGAUGAAGGGAACGUCAACUUCAGUGUUAUCUGCCCUCCCGCCGUGUUUGACCGGAACAAGCACGCCGAGAUGGUUGUACGAGCGCUCUCAUCCCUUGGGAAACCAAACACCCGGGUCAAUGAACGACACGAUAUUGUCAUGGACAUCCCCAAUGACCCCAUCGGAACCUACAAGAUCUCAGGGUCCGCCUACAAACUCACUCGUCUCCGGUCUCUCCAUCAUGGAACUUGUCUUCUCCGGAGCCCAAAUCUAAAGAACAUAUCAGGCAUGCUGCGCUCUCCUGCUGAGCCGUUCAUCAAGACUCGGGGUGUCGAUAGCGUCCGGAGUCCCGUUCGAAACGUGGGCAUCGAGAACGCCGACUUUGAGGGUGCCGUGUUGGAGGAGUUUGCACGCAUGUAUGGCGAUGCUCAGGUCCGUGAGGAAAUCAGCGACGAAGUGCGUGAACUGGAUGUCAUCAGCAAAGGCUGCAACGAGCUACAGUCUCGGGACUGGGUUUACGGCCAAACACCAAAAUUCACCUUCUCAUCCUACCCAUACCCCGAAGAUCCUCGGGAACGUCCACAACUGGACUUUGAUACCAAGCUUCGCUUCGAUGCCAGGCACGGUGUCGUUGAGAAGUUCACGGCUCAGGGUGCAUCAUCUGCUACGGAAGAAGGUGACUUGUCAGCUCUCGCGUCAUCAUCCAUCUACAACGUCCCCAGCUGGACCGCGCAGCUUUCCCAGGCUGGUAUGUCCGACACAGAGGCGGCAAAGGUCGGGCCAUGGAUGGACAACGUCCUAGGAGUCGACUUCACGAAGCCUGCGCAAUAA